AUGGCAGACCAGACUGAUGUCCUCGUCUAUGGCUUGGGGGCGAUUGGCUCCUUCUAUGCCUUCAUACUGAGUCGCUCCGAUCGUGUGCGACUGACUGUCGUGGCACGUUCAAACUAUGAAGCUGUUCGAGCAAAUCAUACCUUUCAUCCACACCGAGUGGUAAAAUCUGUCUCGGAAAUUUCGCCAGUCGACUACAUCGUGUGCGCUCACAAGGCAAUCGAUCAGGAUGAGGUAGCAGCUCAGCUACAGCCAGCCAUCGACAGCAGGACUACCAUUGUAGUCAUCCAGAAUGGUGUUGGUAACGAGGAACCAUUCCGAAAGCGGUUCCCCGAUAACUCGAUCAUAACCUGUGUGACGUGGGUAGGGGCCACACAGACAAGUCCUGGGAUUGUCGCGCACACCAAAUCCGAGGAUAUGCAGAUCGGCGUAUUCCCCAACCCCAAGGUCGAAAGCCAAGUCGAGCAACAGCGACUUGAUGCAUUUGCCGAUCUCCUCCGCAAUGGCAAGACUCGGUUCCAGGUCCUUGAAGAUAUGCAGAUCCAGCGAUGGGAGAAGGUGGUUUGGAACGUAGCAUGGAACUCGUUGACGACCCUCACGAUGGUGGAUACACAGUCGUGGUUGAAGUCUUCAGAAGAUGCGACACCUUUCACACGCCAAUUGAUGCAGGAGGUCAUCAACAUCGCUCGUGGCUGUGGUGUACCGCUGAAAGAUGAUCUGAUUGACCAGCUUAUGGACAAGAUCAAUGCCAUGCCUGGGAUUGGAAGCAGCAUGCAGACGGAUUGUAAAAGUGGACGGCCAAUGGAGAUCGAUGUUAUCUUGGGCUUCCCAGUCCGGAAAUCUCGAGAACUCGGCAUCCAAGCACCCUUUUUGGAGACACUUUACGUUCUUCUUCGGGCGGUUGAUGGUCGACUCAGAGCCGCACGGUAG